UGAAGCAAUCUCGUGAGACAAUAUGUGCGUCCAAUGCAUCUCGGGUCUACGUAAUUGGCCGAUUUUUAGUUCACUGGAGUCGGAUUUUGUUUCGCAGAUUCAUAUGGUUUUCGUAUACGGUGAAGACGGUAAAGAAAUUUUGAUGGUAAUGAAGAAUAAAAUGGUGUACGCCAUGGGUAAGAACUUCAAUGGCUUUUUGGGAACAGGGGAUAAAAACUCUACAUUGUAUCCAAGAAAGGUGGAUGCUCUUUGCAAGAAGAAUAUUAAGACAUUUGCUUAUGGCAAUGGGUCUCACAUUCUCGCACUUACGAAUGAAGGAGAAGUAUAUUCGUGGGGUUCCAACAUUUACGGCGAACUGGGACACGGAACAUGUGAUUCAUCAGUUUUCACGCCUACUUUAGUGCCCACUCUAGGAAAUUCUGUGGGCUCUGCGCGCAUCGUGGACAUUGCGUGUGGGAAUCAUCAUUCUGUUGCUUUGACCGAGUUUGGUGAUGUAUACGUUUGGGGACAAAAUAAAUUCGGACAAGUGGGUAAUGAUAACAACAUUAAUCAAAACACACCUAGGCUAGUGGAUUCCAGCUUGGCUAGGAAGAAAGUUGUCUGCAUUUCUUGCGGUGAUGCCUUUACCAUGGCAGUCGUCGAAAAUGGCGAGGUGUUCGCUUGGGGCAAUAAUUGUAUUGGUCAGCUGGGUAUAGGUGAUGAGGAAGAUCGAAUGACGCCUUGUCGGCUUGAUUUACUGAAAGGCAUUGUAAUAGUCAAAGUGGCUUGCGGAUUCGAGCACACACUGGCGCUUUCGGAUGAAGGAAACCUCUAUUCCUGGGGUGGAAAUGAUUAUGGCCAAUUGGGCUUCGAUGAGAAAGAGGUCUAUGAACCAGUCAUGGUCGAGCAUACAAUGGGAAAGGUAUCCGACAUCGCGGCUGUGCAUUUUAAAAACAUAAGCAUCGCCAUCGGCGAGGGGGAAUAUGUCUACAUAUGGGGUAACUGCUACAAUCAGAUCAUCAAAAUUCCAACUGCCACUACGUUUUCGAACAUAUAUGACGCUCUUGCAUGCUACGAAUCGUCGAGCGUUAUGCACAAACCCCUAAUUCUUUACAGUGACAAAGAGCCAAGUGUAUUGGAGUGCCUGGAAAAUUCAUUCGAUGACGAACAUACAAGUGAUCUCACAAUACAAGUAGAAGACCAAAGUAUUUUUGUGCACAAAGCUAUUUUGAAGAUCCGCUGUUCGUAUUUUAGAAACAUGUUUCAACAUGAUUGGACGGAAAACAAUCAAAGUGUUAUCAAGUUUGAUCAAUUUUCCUACGUCGUCUACAAAGCCUUCCUGAAAUACUUAUACACUGGCACGAUCAAUUCACCUUUGGAAAAGGCGAUAGAACUUUUGAAAUUGGCUGAUUCUUACUGCGAGAGUAAUCUCAAGAAGCACUGCGUUCGGAUAAUAAAGCAAGGAAUUAGCGUGUCGAACGUUGCCUACUUGUACAGCGUUGCAGUUCAA